GAGGAUUUCUCCUAAGAAAGCUGAUUAAGGCCGUUGGUUCUGAAAGUUGUGGUGGUUAUGUAAUUUGAGAAUAGAUACGCCAAUAGUUUGGGUAAUUAAAGGUGUCUUAGCCGUUGUGUCUUGGUAUCUGCAUUUCUCUGAUGCGUGCCUGCAUCCCACUAAUGCUGCUGUCUCGCGUUGGCUGGGGUCACUCUCUGUCUCUCUGUCUAUAAUCCAUUUCUUCCUCUUUCUCGCUUGCUGUGAACCAUGUUCAUUCACGGAGUCACUUUAUUCUGUCAUCCUUGAGACGCACAGACCUGAAGGAGAUUGAUUUGUAACCGGUUCUGCCGGCCAUGGCGAAAGUGGGAGAAAUGGGUUUAUGGGUGUUGGCAGUAAUGGGGUCGUUGUAUUUUGUCAGUGGGGAGGUCUACAUUGUGAUUGUUGAAGGGGAGCCGGUCGUCACAUAUAGAGGUGGUCUCGAAGGUUACGCUGCAACCGCUGUUGAGUCCAGGGAAGAGUUCGACAUUACCAGCGAACACGUAAGAUCAUAUGCCUCCCUCCUUCAGAAAACUCAUAACGCAAUUCUUGCUUCAGCUUUUGAGCCCGGAACUUAUAAGAAGCUUUAUAGCUAUCACCAUCUUAUUAAUGGGUUUGCGGUUCAUAUGUCCCCUGACCAGGCAAAUCUCCUCAGAAAAACUCCUGGAGUACUGCAUGUUGAGGAAGAUUCGAAGGUCAUCAGGUUAACGACCCACACACCUCAAUUCUUGGGACUUCCCACAGGGGUGUGGCCAACUGGAGGUGGUUCUCAGAGAGCUGGAGAGAACGUUGUAAUUGGCUUAAUUGACUCUGGAAUCUAUCCACAGCAUCCCAGCUUUGCAGCACUCCCAUCUGAGCCAUAUGAACCGCUUCCUACUUACAGAGGAAAAUGUGAAGUUGAUCCAGGCACCAAGAGGAGAUUUUGUAAUGGAAAAAUUGUUGGUGCGCAACACUUUUCAGCAGCAGCAAUUGCUUCAGGGUCAUUUAACCCUUCUGUUGACUUUGCUUCUCCUUUGGAUGGUGAUGGACAUGGCAGUCACACUGCAGCAAUUGCGGCUGGAAACAAUGGAAUACCUGUAAGAAUGCAUGGAUAUGAGUUUGGUCAUGCAAGUGGUAUGGCUCCUCGUGCAAGAAUAGCUGUAUACAAGGCCAUUUAUAGGGGCUUUGGAGGAUUUGUUGCUGAUGUUGUGGCAGCCAUUGAACAGGCAGUCAAAGAUGGUGUGGAUAUUAUAAAUCUAUCAGUCGGACCUAAUAGUCCACCAACAACAAUCAGAACGACCUUUUUGAACCCUUUUGAUGCCGCACUUCUUUCAGCUGUAAAAGCAGGAGUAUUUGUUGCACAGGCAGGUGGAAAUGGAGGACCAUUCUCUAAAACAAUGGUCUCCUUCAGUCCGUGGAUAACAUCUGUGGCUGCUGCAGUUGAUGACAGGAGAUAUCAAAAUCAUCUGACUCUUGGAAAUGGGAAGAUCCUCCCUGGAAUUGGUUUAUCACCGGGCACACAUUGGAAUAGGACAUACAGUUUGGUUGCAGCAAAUGAUGCAAUGCUCAAUUCCUCUGAAGCUUUAUACAGCUCCUCAGACUGUCAGAAGCCUGAAGGUCUAAACAAGAAGAUGGUGGAGGGAAGGAUACUUCUUUGUGGAUAUUCAUUUAACUUUGUUAUGGGUAGCUCAUCUAUCAGGAAAGUCUCACAAACAGCAAGAAGUCUUGGUGCAGCUGGAUUUGUUCUUGCAGUUGAAAGCUUUUCUCCAGAAGCAAGAUUUGAUCCUGUGCCAGUUGGCAUCCCUGGGAUAGUUAUCACAGAUGUCAGCAAAUCAGCGGAACUGGUAGAAUAUUACAAUAGCUCAACAUUAAGGGAUCAGGCAGGCCACGCAACAAGUUUUCGAGCUAUGGCUAGCAUUGGAGAUGCCUUGGUGCCUACAUUGCACAAGUCAGCACCACAGGUCGCCUUGUUCUCCUCACGUGGACCUGAUAUAAAGGAUUUUAGCUUUCAAGAUGCAGACGUUCUCAAACCAGAUAUUCUUGCCCCUGGUUCACUUAUUUGGGCCGCAUGGACACCUAAUGGGACUGAUGAAGUCAACUACCUCGGAGAAGGUUUUGCAAUGAUCUCUGGUACUAGCAUGGCAGCUCCUCAUAUUGCUGGAAUUGCAGCACUUAUAAAGCAAAAACAUCGUGACUGGAGCCCUUCCGCAAUCAAAUCAGCCUUGAUGACAACAGCAAUUACUAUAGACAGGGCCGGGCAUCCUCUGCAAGCCCAGCAAUAUUCUGGGUUGGAAAACAUGAUUUUAGCACAAGCAACUCCAUUUGACUGUGGAAGCGGGUCAGUCCAUCCAAGGGGUGCACUCGAUCCUGGUCUCAUCUUUGAUGCAGGGUACGAGGACUAUCUGAAGUUUCUCUGCUCUGUUCCCGGGGUUGAUCUACACCAGAUACGGAACAUCACAAUGAGGACCUGCAUGUCCAGCUUCAGGCAUCCUGCUGAUCUAAACACUCCUUCAAUCACGAUUUCUAGUCUCAGAGGUACGCAAACCAUCAUGAGAACAGUCAAGAACAUUGCAGGGGCAGAAACAUACACCAUUUCUGGCAGAAUGUCACCGGAAAUUGCUCUAGAAGUCAGCCCACGUGCCAUGACUUUGGAACCUGAUACAAGUCGGACUUUCUCAGUUAUCCUAACUGUUAGAUCAGUAACUGGCAAGUAUAGCUUUGGGGAGGUUUUAAUGAAGGGGGACAGGGGUCAUAGCGUGAGGAUCCCUGUUGCAGUUAUGGGUGUCGGUAACUAGCUGCUUCUUAAAAUGCUUAAGAUCCAGCUUUAUCCAUGUUGUGUUCUUAUUCUUUGUAGCCUUGUAUAAUAAUAAGAAAUAGUAAUGCAGAAGGAUGUAAGCUAGAUCCAGCAAGAGCUCGUGUUUCCGGAUGUUAAGGUUGCUAUGUGCAUACAACCUCUAGUUUUGUUCUUU